AUGUACGAGGUCGACGGACCCGAGUGCUCCAAACGUUAUUGCUCUUUGAGUCCUUCUUCUGAUACUAGUUCUGAUACUAGUUCUGAUUCUAGUUCUGACAGCAGUUCAGCAGGAAGUCCAGUGAAUGAACCUGUGAAAGGGAAGGAGUUCUAUGAAGGUAAAAAUGGAAUCAUCAAACUUCGAGAAAAAAUUAUUUCAAUUGUUGAUCCAACACCACGAACCAUCCAUCAGUACGCUCUUGCGGCUCUUCGGAAACCCGGAACAUUUUUCGUCCAGACAAAGUCCGAACUCCUUGGCCCGUUCUUCAUCACACCUUCACCGAAAGACAUUCCGAAAGGAGAGUUGGUCAUGAUUUAUGAGGUGAUAAGAGUUGCGGAGUAUAGUUGA